GUGUAAGCAUGCCUGACACGAGGAGAAUGGAACUACACGCAUCGAUCGGCCUUGACACACCAAAUGUUGUCUACUGGCGAUCAGCUGGCCGUGCCAUUUGUUGCCAAACAAAUAGAAUUCGCCAAUCCCGGGUGAUGAAAAGGAAGAAAACAAGGGGGGGAACGCUAAAACAAAAUGAUACAAUGAUGAAAAGUUGCACAUCGCCACGCCAUUCGCAGCAACGAAGUAAUGUUAAACUUUCGCUGAAAUUGACAAGUAAAUUAAUAUCAAGAACAAGAACGAGAAACCUUACGAAAAAACUACCAAUGGCAUAAAGAAGCGACUCUACGCUACAUCGGCACAAACUUAAUAAAGAUAAAAAUUCAUCAUGGCUGACAAAGAGCAGAUUUAUCACGAUUGUGGAAACUCUGAAAGUACAGAAAAUCUCUCCAACGACGAUUGGACAAUACUUGGUGAAAAUUGUUCAAAGAAAGAUGAUUCCGAUGAAGACAGUAACAACGGAGCGUCAGUCAGCGACGCUCAGGAAGCUUUUGGGAGUAUAGAAGUGCUUUCAUCACUGGAUACUGAUGCUGUGGAUAAUGAGACGAGAAGCGAUGAUGACAAAGCAGCUGAAGAUUCUGACGGUAUAUCGGUAAUAACUGAUUGUGAUGGUGAUCAGUUAAUUGCAACAAAGAAGUUUGGAGAAAUCGAUGGUUUCCGAAAUCAUUUGUGCAGUACGAUAAGCAAAUUUGAAAAGACAGGAGAAAAGUCAAGUCCGCAGGUGGGAACGAUUUUGAACUUUGUAAUUGCCUGUUCGUUGGCAGCUAUCAUUGGGCUUGGUGCAGGCCGCAUCCUUAGUAUGGAUGAUGAGUGUCCUGUUACAAAUGCUAUCGAUUUUCAUACUAUAAAGGCAGAGAGUGACAUGUUGAUUAACAGAAUAAAAGAAUUGAACGAAGUUAAAAACGUUCUCGACGAGAUAAAAUCCACUAUUCCUCAAGUGAAACGAGCACAAGGAAAACUCUACAAGCGGGGAUCUAAAUCAAAAACGAAACGUUCUCAAGGACGUGAGAAACCUUUAAAAAUUUCAGACACUUACAUCUUCGAUCCAGAUACGACUAUCCUAGAACAAUUACAAACAUCACUGAACACAUUGUGCUCCGUUAUUGACGAUAUCAACCCAGAGAAUGAUUUUAUAAGUUUAGACGCAUCCAAGACACAAAGCAUUGUUGCUGAUUUGAUUGAAUUUAAAAAAAUUAUACACACUGUUGUAAAAGAACUUGAAAAUGCAGGAAGACCAAAGCAGGUGGAGUUUUUGAGAAAUGCCGAAACGAGGAUAAGAGAUGUUUGCGAAUCGUUGCUUACUGAUUUAACUUAUACCAUUCAUGGAUUGACCAUGAAAAUUCAUCACAAAUUGAACAAAGUUAGGCACAAGUUGAACAAGAGAUUAUGCCUGUUGAAAACGUCUGAAUCAUUGGAUGAAAAGCUGUCUCAAUCCUUAGAAGAGAAUAAUUCUUUUCUAAAGAGCUGCGAUAAAGUAUUAAACGUCACUUUAAUGCCAAAUGCACGUUCUGUGGAAACCAAAACACAGAAAAUAUCAAAUCGAAAGAUUUACCUGAAGAAUACAGGUAAAGCAGAAGCAAGCUUAUCCGAAAACUCGUCUUCUGGAUCUGAAAAUGAUUUUUCAAGAGAUUACUCUAGUGACAGUUCGAUGCCAGAUUUGAGUUAUGAUUACAAUAAAACAAUUGAUUUUUGGAAAAAGAAACCAAAGGUUCGACGAGAAGAUAAAGACACUAAACAAACGUCUGGGAAAAUUCUGUCAGAGAAUGGCACAAAACAGGGUAGAAAGAAGAGAACCAAGACUAUGAAAUCAAGCAAAGAUUCUCAGAGCUGGAAAAAUUCUAUGAUGGAAUUACUAGCACCAGCAGAAACUUGUCCUUUAAGCCAAGACCCUUGGGUUGAAUUAGAAUCUAUUUGCGAAAAAACUGAGAAGCUUGAAGUACCAAAUACAAAAGAAAAACCGUUGUAUUCAACGAUUUUAAAAUCAACUAGUAAUGCUAUACCAUCUGAGCAGGGAAACUUGGAUGAGGAAAAACCACACAGCGUCAAGUUUCCAAGCAAGGUGAACGCUAAAGAAAAGAACAACUUGAGCGAGACAAAGCACGAUGUCACUCCAAGUGAAAGCGACAUUAAUGUUGUACAGAACGUCAAGAUUAUGAAAGAGCAGUGGAAUGCUAACGUUCGCCAGUCAGUUGUACAACAUGACGUGGCGCCAGGAUUCCAAGAAUCUCCAUUACGCAAAGAAAUUUCAGAAGAGGUAUAUGAAGGAAAGUUGUUAAAAAAUGAAGCGAAAAUUCCUUCAUCUAAAGGGUCUCUCAAACGCUGUCGGAAGGGUGAAAAAUGUCCCAAUGAUUCCACUACAUCAACUGAAUCUACAUCAACUGAAUCGAAGAAAAAAUUGGUAUCUAAUGAUGAAAACAAAAAUGAUAACAAAAAACGCAAGAAGAGUCGCGGUAAAAAGUGGAUAAAAACACAGAACAAUUAUGAUACUGAAGAUUUAAGAAAAGUCAAGUAUAACGACAAAACUUUACCGCCUCCAAAGACGGGCUCUGCGAAAACUCAAAAAGAUUCGAAAAAGCAAAACGCCAAUCAAAAGACUAGUGGUCAGUUGUCGGGUGAUUGGCAGCUCCAAAGAUCUCAUGCUCGGGAGAUGCAUCGCGAUGGUAAUCAUCGGUCUGAAUGGUUCUUCGAGCGUGCUUCUUCGCGUCAGGAUGCUCGAGAGAAGGUUGUUGCGAAAGUUGGUUUUAAUUGUUAUCGACCAGACAAAUGUCGAUCGAAUUCCAAAGAACGAAUACAUGACGAAGAGUCUUAUGAUUACUGGGUACUGCCAAAGGAGAAGAGAGAUCGAAAGCAUCGGGAUGGCCGUGCCGGUUUCACAGCCAAAAAGAUGGUCAAGAUGCCUCAUCGAAAAAAUAUAAUGCAAACGAAACGCCAUUGACUUAUCAAGUCUAAGAAAAACUAAAUGCACAUAAUACACCUUCUUUAACUCUUGAUUAAAAAUUCGUACUUUAAAAUCCGUACAGAUAUUUUAUUCUAGUAAGCGUUCAAACAUAUGGCUGUUAUUAUAAAAUAAGUAAGAAAAUAGAUACUUAG